AUGAAGUACGACGUCAUCGUGGUGGGCGGGGGUUCCGCCGGGUGCACCAUCGCCAGCCGGCUAUCGGAAGACCCGGACCGUUCCGUGCUGCUGCUGGAGGCGGGCCCGGACUACCCGGUCUUUGAGCAACUGCCCGACGACCUGAAGCUGGGGAACAACGUGUGGCUCUCGGCCUACGGGCCGCACAACUGGGGCUACAACGCCCGGAUCACGGAGGAGCAGGACAGCCUGGUGAUCCCGCGGGGCAAGGCGACCGGCGGUUCCAGCGCGGUGAACGGGCAGGUGCUGUUCCGCGGCAUCCCCGAGGACUAUGACCGCUGGGCCGAGUGGGGCAACGACGAGUGGAGUUUCACCGGGUGCCUGCCCUAUUUCAACAAGCUGGAGACCGACCUGGACUUUGGCGGCGACGACUUCCACGGCUCCGACGGGCCGGUGCCGGUGCGUCGCGCUCCCCGCAGCGAGUGGCUGCCCCACGCCGUGGCCUUUGAGCGGGCGUGCCUUGACGAGGGCUUCCCCCAGGACGAGGACCAGAACCACCCCGAGUCCACGGGCGUCUCGCCCCGGGCCCGCAACACCAUUGACGGCGUGCGUAUGAGCAUGGCCAUCAACUACCUGGACAUCGCGCGGCACCGCCUGAACCUGACCAUACGGGGCGGCGUGACCGCGCGGCGGAUCAUCUUCGACGUCAACCGUGCCGUCGGGAUCGAGGCGGAGAGCGGCGGCGAGGUCUUCACGGUGGAUGGCGGCGAGAUCAUCGUCAGCAGCGGGGCCGUGGCGUCGCCGCAGCUCCUGAUGCUGUCCGGCGUGGGGCCGGCGGAGCACCUGCGCGGCAUGGGCAUCCCGGUGGUGCACGACUCCCCGGGCGUCGGCAAGAACCUGCGCGACCAUCCCGCGGCGUCCGUCCUGUACCUGGCCAAUGGCGAGAAGCCCGACGUGCAGGCGCCGGUGAUCCAGGUGGGACUGCGCUACACGGUGGAAGGCUCAGACCUGCGCAACGACAUGCAGCUGAGCCCCAACCUGAUGACCAGCGAGCACCGCCCGGCCCACGUCGCCAUCGACGAGGACCUGAACUACAUCGGCAUGGGGGCGAGCCUGCAGCUGGCGCUGGGCCAGGGCGAGCUGACGUUGGAGUCCACCGACCCCCACGUGCAGCCGUUCCUGAACUACAACUACUACCAGGAGCCGGAGGACCUGCGCCGGAUGCGGGAGGCGAUACGCCUGGGCGUCCGGAUGGCGGAGCGGCCUCCCUUCUCCAGCCUGGUAGCGGAACGGGUCAUGCCCACCGACGAGGAGCUGGCGUCCGAUGAGUUGCUGGACGACUGGCUGCGCAAGAACUCGGGAACGUCGCACCACAUAUCGGGCACGUGCAAGAUGGGGCCGGACUCGGAUCCCCUGGCGGUGGUGGACCAGCAGCUAAGGGUCAAGGGCGUGGCGGGCCUGCGGGUGGCCGACGCAUCGGUCAUGCCCGAUUGCAUCCGGGCCAACACCAACGCCACCACGAUCAUGAUCGGCGAGAAGGUGUCCGAAUACAUCAAGGAAGGCCGGUAG